AUCUUUGCUGACUUUCUUUCCCGCAUUUGUAGUACACACGUAGAAAGCAAACGUAACUAUAUUUAUAAGACGAACGUCAGAUCCCAAUCUCCCCUCCCCUCUUUACCUCGUCUGAAACUGUAUUUUAUGCAUUGGGCGUCUCGCGUUAUAGAUAGAGUAUGUCUGGAAUAUGGAGAUGGAAGAAAGUGAGAGAAAUGGCUGUAACGGCAUCGUCAGCAAGGACCACAUGGCUCGGCCGUUCGUCGAGGAAUAAGAAAUCGCCGGAGGUAUCGAAUCCGCAUCAACACUGCCGAGGGUUUGUGAAUUGCCUUCACGCAGGGUCGUAUAUCAAGCGGAGGGAGUCGCUGAUAGGGGUUCAGGCCAGGCACAAAUGGGACCAUGGAGGUUCUCAUGAUGAUUUCCAGACCCGUAGGAUCAGGGCUGAGGCCAAUUGCCCUCGCUGCUCCAAGCACAUGGAUCUCCUAUUUUCGAAUAAUAGCCACCAGCUUCUUCCACCCUCUUCCUCCUCCGCCGAUGAUAUUGAUACCAAAAUUAAUGCCAAUGAUAAUAAUAAUAAUAAUAACCAUGACUCCAAAGGAAGUAGUGGUCCUUACCAGGCAGUCAAUUUGUGUCCCAAUUGUAAGACAGCAUACUAUUUUCGGCCUUACAAAAUGGCCCCUCUUCAGGGAAGCUUUGUUGAAAUUGGGAGAGUUAAAGCCAACGGCGGCGGUGGCAAGGGCUCUAGCAGGAGACCCAGUGAAGAAGAAGAUUAUGGAAACAUACUCAGGGCAUCCUUCUUGGGGACUCCGAAAUCUUUCAGUUUUGAGCCACCGGAGAAUUGGCCUCCUCCGUCACCUCCGUUAGGUAAUGGUCUGGCCGUGCAUACGCCUCCUGGACCGCCCUUUGCACCUGGGGUUAAUGUCAUUCGAGCUGCAGGUCCUGGUGGCCCAGGUGGAGGUGGAGGCGGCGGCGGCGGCGGAAAUGGAGGCAGCAAUGGAGAGAAAAAUGGGUGGGGUGGGUCUAAUUUGGGGAAGCAUUUUCCAACUCCAAAGGAGAUAUGCAAGGGGCUUGAUAAGUUCGUCAUUGGCCAAGAACGUGCCAAAAAGGUGCUUUCAGUGGCUGUUUAUAACCACUACAAAAGGAUAUAUCAUGCUUCCUUGCAGAAAGGGUCAGGAGUGGAAUCAGGGUCUGAAGAUAAUGAUGAUAACGUAGAAUUGGAGAAGAGCAAUGUACUUUUAAUGGGCCCAACUGGCUCAGGAGUUAUUAGCAUGAUAGAAGCUGUAGUUAAGCUGUCCUUCUGGCUUAAUUUUGCAUAA